CGUCGUCGUUUCGGUUGAACCGUCAAAUGUCUCUUCUGCGAAUUCCGAACCGGACCGCCGCCAUGAUACACGGGAUAGAAGUCUUCCAAGUCUUCGGAAGGGAAGGAGCUCGAUCUUUUUUCUCUAGCUCGACCGGGUUCCGUUACCGCAGUCGCCAAUCGCAUCGUUUUCCCCCCGACAAGACUUCUCAGGCGGCAUCGGGCAUCUACCAAUCUCGGCCGUAUUCGUGCCAAGAUUCGGCGAUCAGCUCGAGGAGGCAACUCUCGGAUGACGACGAUGUUGUUGUUUCGCGGAUGCUCGUGUUGCUUCUAGGUUUGUCGGGAUCAGUAAAUUUUCGCUUCAGUUUGAUCGCCGCAUCGGCCUGGAUCUUGUCUAGCUGGAUCGUCGGAUGGAUGCGAGUCCAUUUUAGCACGAAGGAGGUGGAUUGCGAAGGUUAUUGGGAAAGAAUUGGCAAGGACCAUUGCGGCCUGGACUUGCCCGUCUUUGCCCUUGAGAAAAGGGCCCGUAUAUUUCUCGGGUGAAAGAAUGCACAUUGAGAAGAAUAAAACCAUUGGCAAAAAAGGAAACCUGAUAAAAUUGGAACUGAAAAAAAAAAAAUCUCUUCUGCAUUGAUCCUUGGAUGCUUACAUUAUUGAUGAACUAAAUCAAACGGAGCAAAAAUCAAUAUAAUUCAGGUGCGACACCAGAUAGUGUUAUGUUAUCUGUUUCAGAAGGUUUCUGGCUGUGCUGCAGCCUCAUUUGUCCUUGCUGUAGUUCGAAGAGCAAUGACAUAAGUGAGGAUCCUGUUCUUCGUGGAGGUUCAACUUCAUUGGACUCAUUUGAGCUCAGGUCAAAUUCUGGAAAGACACCAGUAACUCCAUCUAGAGUACCUCCAAGUCCAUCUCGAUUUUCACUGUCUCCACAACCAAAUAAACUUGAGCCAUUAAAUCUCAGCCUCAACGAGAUCAUCAAACUUACAAGAAAUUUCUCAUCCUCACAAAUAAUUGGCGAAGGUAGUUUUGCAACCGUCUAUAAGGCUGAGCUACCUAGUGGACAGUUUAUCGCUAUAAAGCGGGCAAAGAAGGAACAUAUUGCUACCAUCGAAGCUGAAUUUAAAAAUGAAGUUGAACUCCUCACUAAAAUUGAGCAUAAAAACUUGGUCAGAUUACUUGGUUAUACUGCUAAAGGGAAUGAGCUUAUUAUCAUUACUGAGUAUGUGCCAAAUGGCAACCUAAGGGAGCAUUUAGAUGGUAAGUAUGGGAAGAUAUUGGAUUUCAGUCAACGGCUAGAAAUAGCCAUUGAUGUUGCUCAUGGAUUGACAUAUCUCCAUCUAUAUGCAGAAAAGAUUGUCAUUCACCGUGAUGUGAAGUCGUCGAACAUUUUACUAAAUGAAGGCUUUGGAGCCAAGGUCGCUGACUUUGGCUUUGCUAGAACUGGACCCAUGGAAGCUGAUCAGACUCACAUUCAGACAAAGGUAAAAGGUACAGCUGGUUAUGUUGAUCCAGAAUAUCUGAAGACGUUUCGCCUUACGGUGAAGAGUGAUGUUUACUCCUUUGGAAUUUUACUGCUGGAAAUUCUUUCGGCCCGCCGCCCAGUCGAAAUAAGGAGAAACCCUGAUGAAAGGAUUUCUGUGAGAUGGGCCUUCAACAAAUAUAACGAAGGCAACGAGAGGGAAAUAUUGGAUCCUGAGAUGCGUGAAGUGGUGGAAGAUCUGGUAGUAAAGAAGAUAUUUGCUUUGGCGUUUCAAUGUGCUGCUCCAACCCGCAGAGAUCGACCAGCCAUGCGGGAAGUUGUCGAACAGCUUUGGGAGAUAAGAAAGGACUACGCUAGAAGUCGUCAGAGGUCGUGAACGAAAUUUGAUAUUGUAUAGAAGUGACUAUCAAUUAUUAUUUGUUGUCAUUGAAAACCUUCCACAUGUUUUCAAUCUCUUGCAGUUGAGCAUUUGCCUUUGGAAUACUUUUUGGGGUAUGUUAUAAAGUUAACUGUGUGCCAAUGUACAGUUUUUGUGUGGAAUGCUUACGAGGGAUACUUUUGCUCCUUGCGUCAA